GUCUGCGCAGAGCAUGGCUGGCCGAGAGCAGCCACGCUUAGAGGCAGGCAGGAGGCAAAAAGAAGAAGUGGUGGGUACUGGAUUACUUCGCUGCUACCGCAGCAACAGAAAAUAAGAAAGAGUCUUCUGAACUUCCUGGAGACACAAUAGUUAUGGCAACAGGCAACAUCACCACUAAUAAUGAGACCUGUGAUCUAUAUGAACACCGAGGUUCAGCACGUAUCUUACUGCCUGUGUUCUACAGCCUUAUUUUUGUAAUUGGAGUGCUUGGAAAUGGACUUGCCCUCAUCGUGAUAAUUAAAAACAGAAAAAAGAUGAAUUCUACUACUCUCUACUCAACAAAUCUUGUUCUGUCAGACAUCUUAUUUACUACUGCCUUGCCUGCAAGAAUAACAUACUAUGCACUGGGCUUUAACUGGCCAUUUCAAGAAAUAAUCUGCAAAUUCACGGCACUAGUCUUUUACAUCAACAUUUAUGCGGCUGUGAAUUUUAUGACAUGUUUGAGUAUUGACAGGUUUGUAGCCGUGGUCUGCCCUUUAUACACCAGGAUCAGAAGACUUAAAAGUGCCACAUAUAUUUGCUGUUUUGUGUGGUUUCUUGUAUUCGCUCAAACUCUCCCAUUACUUGUAAUACCCAUGUCACAUGAAGAUGGAGAAAGGAUUACAUGCAUGGAAUAUCCAAACUUUGAAAAAAUCCCACAUCUCCCAUCGGUUCUUCUUGCUGCCUGCUUCAUUGGAUAUGUCCUGCCCCUUGGGAUUAUACUAAUCUGCUAUUCUAAACUUAGUGCUAAACUUUGCCAAAAUGCAAAAGAAAACCCAUUAGCUGAAAAAUCAGGCACAAACAAAAAGGCAAUUAAUAUAAUUAUUUUCAUCAUUGUUGUCUUCGUCAUCUGUCUCACUCCUUAUCAUCUUGCCAUUAUUGUAUAUAUGAGUAAGAAGCUUCUGCCUCAAUUUAGUCCUGAAUGCAGUGAUCAACAAAUCUUCCAGAAGACUCUCCACUACACUGUGUUCUUGAUGAAUCUGAACUGCUGCUUUGAUCCUUUCAUCUAUUUCUUUGCAUGCAGAGGAUACAAAAGAACAAUAAUGAAAAUACUGAGACGUCAAGGAAGCAUAUCACUAUCAAGUGCUGUCAAAACAGCUCAUGAAGAAAGCUCCCGUGAUAUUGGAGACACACAAAUGGCUCCUCUCACAUCAACUUUAAAUGGAAAAAGGUGAAUGCAACAUACUUCCAGAGUCUCAAUACAAAAUAAUUUUGGCAGAAUCAAAAAGCAUGAGGGAGUUGGGUUUUUUUAAGAAGCCAAUACUCUGAAUCUUCCAGGGAUGGGAGAAUGUGUCAUGUGACAUAUGCAGCAGCAGCAUGAACAUGAAAAACUAAUAUUUUCUUUGGUUUUUUUCAUUUUGUGUCAUGGCACAAGUUUUUCCAGAGUGCUUUCAUCAUAUUCUGUACUUUUUCAUUUCUGAAUCUUAGUAACCUAAGCAAGAGAGACAUUAUGAACAGGUUUUUCUGGCAAGGAUACAAGCUAAAAUUAAACCAAAUUUAUCUGAAUAACUGGGCUGUGAUUCAUACCCACUUGGUUCAUCUGACUAACACAAAAGCAAAUAAUAAAUGCAAAGAAGAAGAUAUGUGGAAGGAUAAUAAAAUGUCAUUGUAUACUAAAGGAGAAUGUCUAUGGUGUGGUGGUGGUGGUGGUGGGAGUUUGUUUGCACUGGGAAUUACACUUCAAUGGUUCUUGUCACUUUUUGCUCAGAAUUGGAGAACUUCUACUUAGAUCAAGGUAGUUUUGGGGGUGUUUUGCUUUUUAAAUGCUAUAUAUCUGUACAGACAACUGUGUUUUGGCAAAAACAAAUAACUUGGCUGAGAUAGGGGAGUUUGCAGCACCCUCAUACACGACACCGAGGAGAGUGAGAAAGAGAGAGUGAUGAUAGCGGAAUUACACUGUAAGAAAAAUGCAAAGGAAAAAGGGAUGACUUUAAUGAAAUAAAGGCUUGGUGAAUGGAUGGUUAUCAGCAAAAUAGGUUUUUUUAAAUUAGUUAAAACCCUCCAGUAGAAAAAAUAAAAAGCAAGACAAUGACUAAGGUAAAGGCUAUUAUUAAAUAUUUGUCCAUACAAAUAGGAGCUAUGUGGCAUGUGGCGGUUUCUCACCUGCCCAUGGUUGCCCGCUGUUCAGGGUAGACAGGCCUCAGGGGAUAGAGAGGGGGUUGACAGCCACCCUGGUCCUCCUCCACCUGUCAGGGAGAGGGCUUGUCCUGCUCCUUCUGGGGAGCUCUCAGGGCCUGCCAGCUCCCACCUCUGCACACCAUCUCAUCCAUGGCUGAAACGUCUUUUCAAUAAGCCCUUGCAUUCAGGGCACGCCCAUGCAUCUCCCCCUGGCUCCUCCUCUCCUGGCCCUGCUGCCUCCCCAUUAGCCCUCCAGACAGCCUCUAGGGUAGCUGUCUUGCUAUGCCCCGGCUCCGCUUCCAGCGCCAACAAGCAGCACCAUAGCAAAGGGGCAUGGGCAGCUUUCCUUCUGUCGCAACCAAGCAAUGGCUCAUUGGGCCAUGCCGGUCCAGUCCUGAGCACCCCCCGACACACACACACUGUUUCCUUGCCCUCUCCGUGUUCCGGGGCUGGGUGCUCCUGGCUUCUGUUGGGCCCGGACAAGCUGGGGCCUCUCCUACUGCCACCGCACAGAACGGUAAGUGGUCCGCGCCUUUGGGAGCCAGCAGGAGGACCUGACAUGCUAUUAGUACUUGGUUUAGCAAGCAACUAAGUCUCUAGCUAAGAAACCCAGAAGCAAAAAUACAGACAUAUUAGAACAGGACAUGAAAUGAGGCUUGGGUGGCAAGCUACUUGAGACAGGACAUGAUAUUUUUAGGGACAAAUGACAUGAAAAGUAGCUGAAUGUUUCAUUAUGGAAGUGCUUAUACUUCUGUACGUUGCUUUUACUGCCCAGCAAUAUAUAUGCCUCUAAAUAGUUGCAGAGUGAUACCCAAAACAGUUACUCUGGAAUAAAUAUAGCGCAGCUGCGUGUGCAGGUGUGGAACUGUGGCUGGUUUCAAGCUGGAAUCAAUUCCCUCCCAGCUGCCUUCUGUUUAUUGAGAGAGAUUUACAAACCUCAAUAAACAGUCAGGAGGACUCCCAUGUUGCCCUGGUGCUAGGAAAAAUAAUGUGACACUUGGAAGCUACUCAAUAUGUAAACUUUUAGGUCCUUCUUUAAGCACAUCCUUUACCCCCCCCCCUUUUUUUUUUUAGGUCUGAGACUCUCAAGACAAGAAGUAUCUUUAUUUGCUUGUAAAAUAUAAAUAUCUAUUCUUUAGGUCCAUAUUCAAGUAUAUAUGGAAAAUUAAAACAAACUUAUAAGAA